CCUCACCUGCCGACGACCUUCUUGGUUUCUUCUUCCCACUGGCAAAAAAUGGAAUUGGUCUGUGUUGCACGUAUACAUUUAAUACUUUGACAAGUGCAACACACAUAUAUACGCGCAUACGUGUGUAUAUAUAUAUAUAUGUAUAUAUGUAGGAGGACUUGAUGAGGAAUAUCAGUUGAAGAAAGAAUUGAAAUGGAUACCCACAAAGAAUGGGGAGGAGAGAGGAGGGUAGUGGUGAUCGGAGGUGGUGUAGCUGGCUCUCUUAUUGCCAAAUCUCUGCAAUUUAUUGCUGACGUCACUCUCAUUGAUCCGAAGGAAUAUUUUGAGAUCACAUGGGCUAGCUUGAGGUCAACGGUGGAGCCAUCAUUUGCAGAGAGAUCGGUUAUCAAACACCGAGAAUACCUUACCAAUGGCCGUGUCAUUACAGCCAGUGCCAUCGACAUCACUGCCACUGAGGUAUUGACCUCAGAGGGCCGUCUAAUCCCGUACGACUUUCUUGUCAUUGCUACUGGCCACGAAGAUCAUCCCAUUCUACCAACAAGAAAUGAAAAACUUGAACAAUACGAAACAGAAAAUGAAAAGAUAAAAGAGGCACAUUCCAUUUUGAUCAUUGGAGGUGGCCCCACUGGUGUCGAACUUGCCGGAGAAAUUGCUGCUGAUUAUCCAGAAAAGAAGGUUACUCUGGUGCAUAAGGGAUACAGGUUGCUCGAAUUUAUCGGACCAAAAGCUGCUGGUAAAGCUCUAGAUUGGUUGAAAUCAAAGAAAGUGGAAGUAAAACUGGAGCAAUCAGUCAAUUUGAACAGUAUUUCCGAUGGAAGCAAAACUUAUCGAACUUCAGCUGGAGAGAUUAUCAAAGCAGAUUGCAUGUUUUUGUGCAUAGGGAAACCACUGGGUUCGGCAUGGCUAAAGGAGACCAUAUUGAAGGAUAACUUGGACAAUCUUGGAAGGUUAAUGGUUGAUGAGAAUAUGAGAGUCAAGGGUCGCAAGAAUGUUUUUGCCAUUGGCGACAUCACUGAUGUUCGGGAAAUUAAGCAAGGAUAUUUGGCACAAAAACAUGCUCUGGUGGCUGCAAAGAACUUGAAACUACUGAUGACCGGAGGAAAAGAGAGCAAAAUGGCGACUUACGAGCCUCGUUCGAUAAAGGCUAUUGUUUCGUUGGGGAGAAGGGAUGCUGUUGCUCAAUAUUCGUUCACAACAAUGAUCGGACUUGUUCCAGGCUUGAUCAAAUCCAAGGAUUUAUUUGUGGGUAAAAUUAGGAAACAGUUAGGUCUAGACCCUCAUAUUGUGCAUGCUUAAGCUCUACGUUUUGCCUUCUUUUCUUUUUCCUUUCUUCUUAUAUUCAGCAUUUUCUCUUUCUUGAUUGAUUGUAUAUAUAUAUACCUAUUAAUUUGGUGUUUGUGAGUUGUAUAAAAUGUAACUAUUACUUUAUUGAGAAGGACUUCUUAAUGCAUUUUUCGCGUAUUGAAUACUUCCACGUUA